GGGAAAGAGAGAAAAUAUGGCCUCCUGCCAUUUAAUUUUAAAUUUUAGAGCUGUCUCUCCAGUAGUAAGUAGCGAUGCAGUGCAGUAGUAUCUAAAACCACAAUUACAUAGGGCUGAAGUCGUUGGGUCUGAGCUCUGCUCCUCUCAGAUGGGGACCCAUGACACUUCUGGCCAUUUAGUUGAAGCAUUUUGGCCAUGGUUUUCUGUUAUGUCUUUGAAUACACUGUUAGGUUUUAUCUGUCAUACAUAGUUGUUUUAUUAGAUAUAUAAUCCAUGGGUUUGGUGUGUGCAUUUCUGUUACAUUUGGAUCCUUUCUAACUUGCAGAGUGGCUUUUUAAAUAGGAUAUAUAGCUAUAUCUCCAAGCUAUCUUUGGCUUUGUGAGGCUGUUAGUGGUGGUGUUAACCUACCGUUAUCAGGCAUUGCUCCAUUCCUUAGAAGGGCCCCUGAAGGAGCUCACAUCCUCCUAGUUUUCUUGCAGUGCUGUUUGUAGGCAGGAAUUGCAUAAAAACUUCAUUUUCCCCCUACAGCGAAUUACCUUUGUGAAUACAAUGCUACAGAAAAGCAGUUUAAAAAAAAAAAAAAAAAAUCUCAGAUUUACACAGAGGGGGCAGCACUGACAUUUUCCCUGCAGUAUUGCUGUUAAGAGCCCAGUAUUCCUCUCGCCAUGAGCAAACCUGUGUGUGUGUAGAGGAUGAAGGCAGACUGAGCUCGUCUGCCUACAAACGCCUCUAAGGCGCGAGGUGUUCAUCGUCUUCACAAAACACGCAGUGUUCUACAUCUCAUCUUGGCAAACCGUCACCCGAAGGCGGUGACUGCCCCUUUCCUGAUCUCUACGCCACUCACGUUUUUUUGAUCAACCGUGAAAUAAUUACAAUUUACGGUGCGUUUAACGUCGCUGUUGAACGCGGCUCCGCGGGGCGGGGGGUGCCGCGCGUGCGCGCCGGCCUCCCGCUGCGGCGCCCUGGCCGGCGGGAGAGUGCCCCCUGGCGGGGCGGCGGCGGGAGCUGUUGCCGCGGCGGGGCCGGUGCCGGCAUGCGAGCCCCGGGGCUGUGGGCGCUGCUGGCCGCGCUGCGGGCGGGCUGGUGCCUGCUGCCGCAGGCCGGCUACCUGCACCCCGACGAGUUCUUCCAGUCGCCCGAGGUGAUGGCAGGAGACAUUUUAAACCUACAGGUCUAUUAUCCUUGGGAGUUCCUUUCCAGCUCUCCUUGCAGGACAGUUGUUUUCCCAUUAAUGACAUCUGGAGUUACCUACUGGGUGAUCAAGUCUUUGCAGCAGCUGGACAUAUGUUCAAGUUGCAUCAACAGCUACACACUUCUUGUAUCCCCUCGCCUUCUCUUUACAAUCUUUUCUUUCAUACUCGACUAUAGCGUUUAUCGAUUAGCUCCUUUCUGGGAUGUGGAUCCAUGGAAAGCGCUGGUACUUCUUGCUGGGUCAUAUGUCACUCUGGUGUUUUAUACAAGAACAUUUACCAAUGCACUUGAAGGACUUCUCUUUGCUCUUCUGAUGGUACUGGUUUCCUCAACAAGGUCUGAUGGCAGCUCAGCAGAGCCAACGAGCAGCCCUCUCAUAGGCAUUAUAACAACUGCUGGGUUUUUCAACAGGCCAACCUUUUUGGCAUUUGCUCUAAUGCCCCUGCUUUACUGGGCAGGUUUAGUUGUUGGCUCUCAAAAGAGCAUUAAAACCGUUAUAAACCACUUUUUGAAGCUUGUCCUAUGUGCAUGUUUUACUGCCAUUGUUUUUGUAACAGCUGACACCUUCUAUUUUACCUCCGUGGGCUUAGACGAUCUCUACAGCAUUAAAAACAACAGCCUAUUUGAUGCAGUAGCUCAAUUAAAUGAGAAACUGGUAGUAACCCCUUUAAAUUUUCUCAGCUAUAAUCUUAAUCCGCAUAAUCUUGCACUGCAUGGAAGUCACCCACGAGUUACACAUUUUACAGUCAACGGAAUAAUGCUCUUUGGGAUCUUACAUGUUCUGGCUAUCCGUGCUGGUUUUAAAAUGUUAAAGAAAUACUUCCAUCAAUUAAUAAGGGUCAAGUCACAUUACUGUGGGUCAUCUGGGCUAUUGGUUCAUUCUGAAGGCAAUCCAAUGUUACUGCUGUUUUAUUUUGUUCCUUUGGCAUUUCUCUCCCUAUUUAGUCACCAAGAACCUCGUUUUCUCAUUCCUCUCAUCUUGCCAUUAGUCCUGUUCAGCACAUCACAGAACAGCACUAUGAAGUGGAAACACAUCAUUAUUAUUUUCAAUGUUCUUGGGGCUUUGCUGUUUGGGUGCUUACACCAGGGAGGACUGAUACCAUCUUUGUUUCACUUGGAGCAACUCGUACAUUCUCCGGAGUCCUCAAGCCAUCCAAGACACUAUACUCUACUCUUUGCUCACACCUAUAUGCCUCCUAGGUCUCUGCUUAAUAUCCAGAAGAGAGACACGCAUGUAGAAGUCAUUGAUAUGGCAGGGUCUGAAGAAGAAAUCCUCUGCCAAACAGUAGGGCAGCGAGCAAGCAAUUUUACCUGCAAUGACUGUCAUAUAUUUGUUAUAAUCCCUGGUACAAUCAAAACCACAAUUACAAAAUGCGGUGUCUUGUUCAAGAAUGAGACUUUGAUAUUUCCACAUUUAUCAAUGGAAGACCCCCCACAAAUACCCUUCCUAUUCAGUGCAAAUUGGAGAAGUCAGUUGGGAUUAUACAUCCUUCAGGUAGAUAAAAAUCAGUAGAGCCUUUAGAUUUUAGGAGAAAAAUGUUUUUCACUUCACUUGGGCACUGCUCAAAGGUGCCACGAGACUUUCCUCUUCACAGACCCACUUUCAGCACAAGCAGUGGUACUGGAAGCUCCCCUCGGUCUCUUUAUUCCCUCUCUUCAUGGUCUUACACUCACCAGUAAAGCCAGUUCUGGGUAGAACCUGCUUAAAAUUAUUCAGUCCCUGUGGUCUUUCAUAUGAACUUGUGCAAUUUUCCUGAUAAGAGAGGAUGAAAUCAGAGCCUACCAAAAACUGUGAUUCAAGUUUAGCUUUUUCCAUGUGAGAUUUAUUUUUGAAACAGAGGGUUUGUGGAUUGUGUGGUUUUUACUGGUAAUGGGCAUUAACUCAGCUUCUGGAGACAGGUUACAGGACUAGACAAAAGCUGAUCUGGCUCACUAAGAUUUUAUUUUUAAGCUUUUAAAAAUUCAGAGCCUCCCCUCAGUCAUGAGACCAGGCUGCAGGCACAAUACAGGCACCAGCACUGUAAUACUGUCUUGGAUAGUUCUGUCUUGAAAAAUCCCCAGCAUUGAUCUGACAAAAGCUGAUUUAGAACAUGGAAGUUACUUCAGCGUAAGUACUUGUGCUAAAUCCUAAAAUCUAACGCCUGUGUAGCGUUUCUUGCCACAGUUCCGUUCUUGUGGACAUGCUACAUAUGUAUUACAUACAGCAGCCUGAGAAUGCUGCGUUUUGAUGAAGCUCAUCUGCUAUUCAGCUGCGCAGUCCAUGCAGCCUAUCCCCUGCACGUUCCUGCUGCACAUCUCUCAGCUCUAAUCACUCUGUCGAGGCUCUAGCGCUGGCAGGCCCGGCGCUGAGCUAUUCAAGGAGCUGCUCAGGCAGAAAACAGGUAACUCACAGGGAUUUGGUCCUUUGUAUGCGUUUCACCAGACAGAUCCCAGAGCUGGCUUAUUGCAGGGUUAGAGAUACACCAGUUCUGCUGCAGUGGAGCAUGUGAGAAUCCAGGGAAGGAGCCACAUCCCCUGUGCCUCCCUUCUGUUUUAGUAACAGCUCCCCAUAAAAUCAGCUUAUUUAAGAAUGACAAAUCACAUCCUCUCUCUCUGUUGAAGGGAAUUUUUAAAGCGGGAUAUAAAUAACCCUGAACUUCAGCUCAGAAUAAUGUAUAUGCUUAAUAGUAUAGCAGAAGUAACAAUGUUCAUUUCUGCCUGUCUGAAAUUCUGGGUCCAAAACAUCCUGACACAGAGGGAGGUACUAAUUUGGCAUAUGUGUUGUAGGUCAAGCGUCUCUCAGUGAAAUAAGUCCAACACUUGAAUUCUUUCUGCUCACAAAGGCAGUAACGUUUUUUGAAGUUUUUAAUCCCUAUAGCUUUACACAAAGUCUUAUGAGCCAUUUUUUUUUUAACAGAGGCAAGAAGAAUAUAAGUUGAUGCCAGGCUCAAAAGGGAAGCUAGGAAAAAUUGCUCUGUGAAGGAUUUGCCUGUAUCUCCCAAAUUAUAUGUAUGAUCUACAUUUUUAAGGAGCAUAGCUCUUGUUCUUUUGUAAAACAUUCUGUGUUGUCUCCCCUACAUGUUCAUCUCUCAUCCUUCAUCCCUCAUUAUUGACAAGCCUGUAAAUUAAAGGUGCAUGUGUUGGGGGGAGGCCAGGGGAGAAGGGAUGCCUAUAUGUUUGUACAGGUGCUCAUGAAGUAGUGGAAGUAGGUACGAACGUGCCAUGACAGCAGAUAUAUUUUCCAAGUUAAUUUCCUUUUCUCUUAUAUUGGGAAGACAGCUGUGUGCCACAGCUGGUACUCCACUUCCUGCUUACUGUUUAAAACUUUCUUAAACAGCUUCAGUUUCAAAGGUUAUUUUAAUAAAACUUAGGAUCUCUGGCAAUCUCACUGGGGUAGAUAUUGAAACUCUUCAGGGAUGCAAUGGAGCACUAUUCCCAUGGUAUGAUGCCUUCUCUACUGCUGCACAGGUAACCUGUGAUAGAGCCAGGGAGAGAACCUGAACUAUGAAUACUAACUCAGACUGAAAAUAUACUGUGUUUGGCUCACCAGCUGGACCUUCAUCCUUUAUACCAUAGAUCCAGUUUUUCCAUCCAUGUGCACCUAAGUCUUUGGUGGUGGGAAGUUUAUUUUUACCAGCAAUGUUAGAAACUGUAUCUCAGAUAAUUUACAAGCUUCUUUCCAUCUGGAGUGAUACAAAGAACAGAAAUCAUCCUCUCCAGGUAACUAAGCAGCUGAUCAACUGGAUUAAAUAGUGAAACAUGCUAUGAAGGAAGGUUAACUACUUUAGUUUCAUUUAUGUUGUUUGAUACUGCAAUUUAAGGCAGCCAGCCCAGUGCAUUAUAUAUAAUAGAUACACCCUUUUCCAUGUUUAUAUUUAACAUGGCUUUAUAGGUAAUUUUUUGGCCCUGAACCUUUCCUGCUACCAUAGACCUAAGGUGUGCUUUUAGGACAGCUACUCAAUCUCUUUUACCUACCUGUAAA